CCUCCUCCUGCUCCCUCCCCGCUCCCCACCUCUCCUCCAAAACCUCCGGAGCCGCCGCGGCCCGGCUCCAGUCUCCGCGCCGCCGGGGCCGGCCGCAGCCCCGCCGCCUCCCCGCCGCCUCACUGCCAUGGCCGGGCCCGCGGCCCAGCGCUGAGGAUGCUGCUGGGCGCCCCGCGGCCGGGAGGGGGCGGCGGCUGGGAUCGCGGCCGGGUGGGCGAGAGGCUGCAGGCGGCCCUGGCCGGCCUGCGGGAGCUCCAGGUGCUGCGGGAGCAGCAGCGGGACCUGGUGCGGGCCGCCCUGGCUAUGCCGCAGCGGGGCCCGGCCGCCGGCGGCGAGCAGCCCCUGUGCGCCCGCAGCAAGGAGCGCCGGCUGGAGGCCACCCUCAGCGCCCUCAAGGAGCAGCUGUCUCGUUUGAGGAGACAGGAUGUCGGUUUGAAAAGCCACCUGGACCAGCUUGACCAGCGAAUAAGCGAGCUGAAACUGGAUGUCAGCAAGACCUCCAGUGAAUACUUGGACAGCGACAGCCGCCCCAGCUCAGGCUUCUACGACCUGAGUGAUGGUGGUUCUUGCUCGCUCUCCAAUUCUUGUACCUCUGUGUACAGUGAGUCCAUCUCCUCCUCCCACACCAGUCUCUUGCCCAGCUCUCAACACCCUAAGGCAAGGCUCAGUGUGUUUGAUUACCGACCCAAGUCUGCAGAUGAAACUACUGUGCAUACCACCAGCUUCCAACAGCAGGGCACCUAUGUCAGCGAUGGAUGUCGGACUACAGCGAGCACAGACGUUUCUGGGACUCCUGCCAGGUCCAGACCGAGGCCAGUUUCCACAGGUGACUUGGAAAGACUCAUUCCAGCAGACAGUAGAUUUCAGACAGAGACAGAUCACAAAUCCUCAUUGCCUCCGUGCCAUGCAGACUUGCAAUUGCACAGCAUGGACCCCAAGUUCCAGAAUGAUCUGGUCUCCAAGAACGGCAUCGAUGUGUACCCUUACCCAAGCCCCCUUCAUGCGGUGGCUUUACAAAGUCCCCUUUUCUCCCUGAUGGGGACAUCUCCAGAAGCAGACCUCCAGGCUUCCCCCAGCAAACCCAUGCCUAGUGUGACAGGUCCCAGCUUGAUUAGGACUAGGCCAACCGCUGAGGCCAAGCCAGGGGGUUACAUCAAUAAGUUACUGCAGCUGACGAGAUGCAAAGGGAACAAUCGAGCUGAUGCCAGUGAGCGGGUUUCGACAAAGAGCCAGCCAGCCACAAUGCACCAGAGACUCAUCAUAACCCCCAGCACUGGUGGAGUGAAAAUUAACAGCAGCGGUAGCCAGCUGGAAAAACAAGCAAGUUCUCUGGAAAGUAACAAAGCUGAAGGAAAGCUGCAGAGAGAGGUGCCAGAAGGGGAAUGUGCCAAGCAGCAGGAGACCAUGCGCUGUGUGAAUGAGGAACAGCCGUCCACUCUCCCUGACACAGAGCCAUCAGCUGUGCAUAGUUGUUAUCCUGCCAAGUCAGCGGCUAGGGGCUCUCCACUGGCAGAGGCAAUGGAGAGCAGUGCGGAGUGCAGUUCAUCUGGCUCGCAGCUGUGCCAGGAGGACUCCAGCCUGGGCACCUGGAAUGCUAAAGCUGUCCCUCCCCGAAAGCUGCCCCUCAAAAGAAGUGGCAAUGCCAAACUGGGUAGUGCUGGAGGGCAUGAGCGAGCUGCACGGGGUGAGUUUGUUCACGCUCAGUUUGUCCCUGCAGAAUCCCACCAAGUCCGAGUCAAGUUUGCCAGCUCCAAAACAAAGGCAGUGAAGAUAAAGAGGAGGAACAGCGAAAAGGUGCUGCGUCCUGGGAAGCAAGCCUUUUGCGUGGAGAAGGCAAGAGGGGCUCAUGGGGCUGCCAGGCCGCCUGUUGAGUGGAAUCAGCCCCAAAGACCGCACGCAGCAAAGAGCCUCAUCCGGAGACCUUCGUACUCUGGUGAUGUGAGCGGCAGGUCGUGCUCAGAGUCUAGCCUGUUCCCCGCACAGGUCAGGCUGCCCACCACACCAUCCAGGCCUGAGCUCUACAGAGCUUCUGCCAAUGCGCUGUAUUCCCUCGAAGGAGCUUCUGUAGACACAGCCAACAAGAAGAAGCAGCAGCGCAAGUGGCAGUCCACAGUGGAGAUCUCUGCCAAGGCCCAUGGGGUCAGCUUCUCUGGCCUAGGGGCACCGAAGCAGCCAGCAAGGAGAGCUGGUGUCCUGCGCACCCUCAGCAUGAGGGCUCGCUCCAAGAGUCAUCACCACGGAGCUUACGCCAAAAGCGAGUCAGACCACUCUGAGUACUCUGCGGAGUGUGCUUCCCUCUUCCACUCCACCAUCGCGGAGACCAGCGAAGGGGAGGUCAGUGAUUUCACAGCUAACCGUUUUGGGGACAGUGAAUCCAGUGAAAGUGACUCAGAUGGCAGCAGUAACAGCAGCAGCCUCGUGCUUGACUAUGAUGAGGGGGAUGAAAGUGAGCUGAUUUGGCCUGAAGGUUCGGUCAGACAAUCAGGGACUGUCCAGGUCUCUUCCAGGCCUCUUCCCCCAGUGCCCAAAAUCUGUCGCAUCAAAGCUUCAAAGGCACUAAAGAAGAAGAUUAGGAGAUUCCAACCCGCUUCUCUGAAGGUUAUGACCAUGGUUUAAGGGAGAGUGAGCAUCUGUUUCUUUCCUUGAGACAUCCUGCUGGCUCUCAUUCGCGAAACAAGAAGACCGAUGUGCAGAGAAAAGGACUUGCUUAAACGAACUUUUAACAACCCCUGAGUCAACACAAGGGAUCUUUUUGUUUGUUAAUGCCUGGACAUAAAUGUCACUGUAUCUAAUUUCCUCUUUUGCCAUUUAUUCUGUAAAUAUGGAUCUGUGUAUAUUGUGUCAUGCCUUUUUUUUUACUAUGCAGAAGGGUCACCAUGGUAAAAAUAAAAUGCCAGGAAGAGAUGACGUGUCCAAACAACCUCUGCCAUAAGAUUUUGCAGGCAGGCUCUUGUUGUACGUAUGCAUUCACAGUAUCAGUCUCAGACACAAAAGCCUCCUAAGAAGAGGGGCUCUUUCCAAUUGGAGAUUUGGGAACAUCCCUCCCUCUUGUAAGUAAUUCUGUGCAGUCUGAAGGAGGAUUAACCACCUACUUAUGGAAAAGCUCUCAGUGCUGUCUGUAGUUCUUUCUUUCAGAUCAACCAUUUAUGUACCAUCUCCCAACCACAGGAGGACAAGUCUGUUCUUCAGUAGAAACGUACCAUGCUUAUUCAAAAAGGCAGUGUGUUUGUAAAUGAGAACAAGACUUCAGUCUGUUUUCAAAACUGAGAGAACAGGGUUUUUC